AUGGCUAAACUAUUCAUAGCGUUCGUUUGGACGUGGUGCGGCCGUCAGAUGCAACAGGAGUGCUAUUGGAGGGCGGGCGGGCACAUGCGCGUAGCGGGCUACGGCGUAGCGCGGGGCGCGGGCGGCACUCAGCCUCCACGCUCGCGUUUAAUGAAUCGCCGGGACCCGCGGCUUGCGCUGCGCUCGCCACGUUCGAGCGCUCUUUUUGAAAGUUAU